UGCGACGAAUCUGAACGAUGAUAGAUGCAAAAUGAGCCAUGCACUCGUGGGCGGCCGUGUUUGGAUCCGCAGGAUUUUUGGUCGCUCUUGCUGCGGCCUUACCUCCAGUCAUUAAAAUCGGCGCAAUUUUCACGGAGGACCAAAAGGACGGUGUCACCGAGUUGGCGUUCAAGUACGCCGUCCACAAGAUAAACAAGGACAAAACGUUGCUGCCCUACACGUCCUUAGUGUACGACAUACAAUACGUGCCCAAGGACGACAGCUUCCAUGCGAGCAAGAAAGCUUGCAAUCAGGUUCGGUUUGGAGUGCAAGCAGUUUUCGGUCCUUCUGAUCCUCUUCUCGGCUCGCACAUCCACUCCAUCUGCGAUGCCCUCGACAUUCCGCAUCUGGAGGCGCGGCUGGAUCUGGACUCGGACAUCAGAGAGUUCUCCAUCAAUCUGCAUCCGGCGCAGCCACUCCUGAACGCCGCAUUUCAGGACGUCAUGUCCUUCCUCAACUGGACCAAAGUUGCGAUCAUCUACGAGGAGGAUUACGGAUUGAUUAAGUUACGCGAAUUGGUCCGAUCACCGCACAACAGAGAUCUGGAGAUUCAUCUGAGACAGGCCGAUCCGGAGAGUUACAGAGCUGUUCUCAAAGAGAUUAAGAGUAAAGAGAUUCACAACAUCGUCAUCGACACGAAACCAUCAAAUAUGAAUCACUUUUUGAAAGGGAUUCUUCAGCUGCAAAUGAACGACUACAAGUACCACUAUUUAUUCACCACCUUCGACAUAGAAACUUUCGAUCUCGAGGAUUUCAAGUACAACUUCGUGAAUAUGACAGCGUUUCGAGUCGUGGAUGCCGAUGAUCUGUCCGUGCAAGAAGUGCUCAGGGAUAUGGCGAGAUUCCAACCGGAAUCCGGUCCACCUCUUAUAAACUCAUCCUACAUACAGGCGGAGGCUGCUCUGAUGUACGACUCUGUUUUCGUGUUCUCGAUCGGUCUGCAAACUCUGGAGCAAUCGCACACCCUUCGGAUUUCGAACGUCUCCUGCGACAGGGAACAGCCCUGGGACGGAGGACUCAGCCUCAUCAAUUACAUCAAUGCG